AUCGAUAGAAUAUUACUGAUGAUGUAUGUCUCUGAUGUGAGUAAAGACGAUUUCUUAAUCUAUUUCAGAGUAUAAUAAAUACUUAAAUUUAUAUAGAGACUGGACAGGAAAUGAAUGAAUUAAACUAUAUUAUCAAUGUUAGAAGUAAAAAUGUCCAAAUAAAUUUAAAAAUUAUAUAUCGAAUUAUAAGUUAAAUUCAUUUUUAAAAUAUGUAGCACCUCACAAGCCAAUUCAUGAGGCUUUGGCUAAUUUGGCGCGCCGAUGAAUGAUAAAAGAUUUAAAAACUGCCUCCACGUAUUAUCUGCAAACGGAUGAAAAAAAAAUAUAAUAUGCUAGAUCCGAAUUUGACAAUAACCAGUUUUUCAAGCCUAAAGUCUUUCUAAUGGUUUCUUCCUUCAAAGUCAUUCUAUUCAUCAUUAUCAUAUUUGUACCUGAGAAUAACCGCUCACAUGAAGCAGAAGAUCCCUGAAUGGACAAUAUAUUAGUUGCCAUUUUCGUCAACACGGGAAAACGAUUCCUAUGCAAUCUCCACCAUUCUAGCGGGCUCUUAUUAGACGUGAUUCUUAAUUCAUCAACCUCACAUAUUGAUGAGGUUUGUAAUCAAAAUGGAUUCGAAUCAUGCUCCGGGGUGGCAUAGAAGCUGGAUCUGUGGAACUAUGAAAUAAUACUCGGGAUGCGGCCUCGUAGGACUAAGCGCCAGAGUAUGGGAGGGGACGGAGAAGCGAACGAAGUAUAAUAAGACAAGCGAUGGAAGAAAGACGAUGUUAUCGAUGUCAAGAGCGAGGUCAUAUUCAAUAUAGCUGCCAUUGGAAUUGGAGAAGGACGGAGGAAAAUCGAACAUGGCAACAAAUUUGCCCAAGGGUGAAGGAAGUACCUACGAGGCAGAUAGCGGCUGUUUUAGGGCAGCGAACGAAGCGAGUGCAAGGGACAAGCGAUGAAUCCAGACCGGUCGCCGAAGUCCUGGUAACAAGGAGAUUGGAAGAAGGGGAGCGGCUCGAGCAUCGUAUGGGAGCAGCCAGCGGGGAGCCAAGGAUGUGGCCGGUGGUUGAUCUGACUUACGAGAGUGAGGGUCCGAGUGGUGUUACGAGGGAGGAUAUUACCGUGGAGGCAGAGCGGGUAGGGGAUAAUACAGGAGUAAUGGGAACGGAAGAAUGGAAAGAUCUAGUGGCGGCGUUGGAUGAUGUGGAUGAGCUAGGAGAAUGGCUGGAGGUUAUGGUGGAGGAGUCGGAGUGGGGUAGCCUCUGGGAGGAAUAGCCUGAGGAUCGAUUAUGUUGAAGGGGGGCGUGUCAAGGAUGAACGCAAAAAGGUGUUGAUUAGAAAAUAAUAGAAUAUAAGGUUGUUUUGACAAUAAUGAUAAUGGUAACGUGAAUAUUGACAAACUAUAUAGAGUAACCUGGAGUACUCCAGUGGUAGUGGUACGUGAAACUUUAGGUGAACUACGAUUGAUAAUGAUUCUACCAACGAAUCGCAAAAAUCGCUAUAGAUCUACAGAUAAAUGAUGAUAAAAUAACAAGCGAAAAUAAAACAGUGAUGGUGGGAACAAUUGGUCGAAAAACUAGAAUCGCCAUCACAAUUCUGGAAAAGAGAAGAAGAAAAAAAUAAACGUACAAAACCGUAUUAAAACAUCCCGACCAACUACGAAUAAGGGAAGAACCAGACGAGAUCAAAUCAAUAAUAACAAUUGAACCAAGUCAAAAAGGAAGGCAAACGGGUUGUCCAACAAGGGAACUAAAGCCAACAAAAAAAAUUAAUAGAUGAACUUGAACUUGGUAAAUAAAAAGAUUGGUAGACGAUCUCAACUUGGUGGGAAAGAAGAUAUGUUACAUCUGAAUAUUUAUUAUUGUAAAGGUUAAGAUAUAUUUUAAAAGGUCACGUUAUAUAUUUUAAAAGGACAUUAUUUGUAUAUUAUAUUAUAACUUUCCAACAUGUAAUAUUAUAUUAUCGAGGUUAAUCAAAAUGCAUAUUAUUAG